AUGACUUUAUUUCAUUUCGGAAACUGCUUCGCAUUGGCAUAUUUUCCGUACUUCAUCACCUACAAGUGCAGUGGACUGUCAGAGUACAAUGCAUUCUGGAGGUGCGUUCAGGCUGGAGCCACUUAUCUUUUUGUGCAGCUAUGCAAGAUGCUCUUCUUGGCAACAUUUUUUCCGACAUGGGAAGGAGGAGCCGGAGUUUAUGACUUUGUUGGGGAAUUUAUGAAGUCAACAGUAGAUUUGGCCGACCUGCUGGGCCUCCAUCUGGUCAUGUCCCGUAAUGCUGGUAAAGGAGAAUAUAAAAUCAUGGUGGCUGCUAUGGGCUGGGCCACUGCUGAACUCAUAAUGUCCAGAUGUCUUCCUUUGUGGGUCGGAGCCAGAGGCAUUGAGUUUGACUGGAAAUACAUUCAGAUGAGCUUCGACUCUAACAUUAGCUUGGUGCACUACAUUGCUAUGGCUGCAGUAGUCUGGAUGUUCACCAGAUACGACCUCCCUAAGAGCUACAGGCUGCCGGUCACUGUGCUGCUGGCUCUAUGCAUCUACAAGGCCUUCCUCAUGGAGUUGUUUGUUCAUGUUUUCCUGUUGGGCAGCUGGACCGUCCUCCUGGUGAAAGCCGUGGUGACUGGAGCCAUCUCUCUUUGUUCACUCUUUCUUUUCGUCACCUUGGUUCACAGUAGCUAA